AAGCCACCUUGAGGGAGGAAGUACCCAUCCAUCGAGUCUCCAUCACUCCCACGUUUCUGUUGCCAGUGACUCCUGCAAUCCUUAAUCAUGUCGAGGGAUCCUCUUGUCGUAGGCAAUGUGAUUGGUGAUGUGUUGGACCCGUUUGUCACUUCCGCGGCGUUUCGGGUGAUCUACAACAGCAAGGAACUCACCAAUGGAUCCGAGCUCAAACCGUCCGCCGUCGCCAAAGAGCCCCGGGUUGAGAUCCGAGGACACGACAUGAGGACUCUGUACACGCUGGUGAUGGUGGAUCCAGACGCACCGAGCCCCAGCAACCCGACCAAAAGAGAGCACCUGCACUGGUUGGUGACAGACAUCCCAGAGACAACUAAUACCACCUUUGGAAAUGAGAUCGUCUGCUACGAGAGCCCACGGCCAACAGCUGGUAUCCACCGCUUCGUGUUCGUGCUGUUCCGGCAAUCGGUCCGGCAGACGAUCUACGCGCCUGGGUGGAGGCAGAACUUCAACACCAAGGACUUCUCCGCUCUCUACAACCUCGGGGAUCCCGUCGCUGCCAUGUUCUUCAACUGCCAGAGAGAGAACGGCUGUGGCGGAAGAAGGUACUAAUGGCUGUGGACCGUGAAGAGGAUGGCUGAUGAUGAUGCUCGAUUCAACGAGACGUACGUUACGUAGACUGCAGCCAUGCAAUAAGAAUACUUCUAAUGCUAUCCUGGUCUUGUUGUCUCUGUCAUCGAGUUUGCUUCUCGAUUAUAUGCUGUAAUCUUCGUGCCUGAAAUAACACUGUCGCUGAUUCAA